GCUAUCCUGGCUGCCACUCCAACGCUUGCUUCCCAUCCAAUUUCAGAGUUCUUCACUCUUCGGAACCGAAGACGGGACGAAUUAGGGAGAAAAGGAGGAGAAAAGUUCAUGUCGGACUUCGGAAAGGAGCUCUGAGGACCACAUGAAGUCCAAGCUGAACAUGGAGAGUUUGACCAAGCAGGAGCUGCUGAUGCUCUUUAGCAUCCUGGAGGGAGAACUGGAAGCGCGAGACCUGGUCAUUGAUGCGCUCAAGGCUCAGCGCAAAGAUUUCUUCGUGCGGGAGCGCUACGGCCGCUACGACCUGAGCGACCCGUUCCUGGCCCUGCAGAGAGACGGCGAGGCCGUGGGGGCCCACCGGAGCAACGACCGGCCGGCCGCCUCCAACCCGCUGGUGGUGCUCAAGCUGGUGGUGGGCCACUGCAGGAGGAUGCAGGAGAAGACGCUGGCCCAGCUGGCGGCAGCAGAAAGCAGGCACCGGAUGGUAAUCAUGGACCUGGAGGAGGAGAAGAGGAAGCACGCAGAGGACACGGCCGAGGGUGACGACGUCACCUACAUCCUUGAGAAGGAGCGCGAGCGCUUGCAACAGCAGCUGGAUUUUGAGCGCAGCCAGGUGCGGCGUUUGGAGAAAGAGCAGCGGCGUGCCGCCGAGCAGCUGGAGGAGGAACGAGCGCAGCACAAGCAGCUCUCUUGCGCUCUGGCCAAAGAGUGCAAGUGGGCCAGCGCCAGAGCCCUGGAGGAGGGCCACCGCCUCACCGAGGCCGGGCGCAAGCUGGACAAGGAGAGGGAGGCCUGCCAGGCCCUGAAGGAGGAGCUGGAGGAGGAGAGGAGGCGAGCGCUGAGGAUGGAGGCCAGGGUGGAGGAGCAGCUGGCCGAGUUCGACACGGAGCGGGAGCAGCUACGCUCGCGACUCAGGAAGGAGGAGGCGCACUGCGCUAGGCUCCAGCAGCAGGUGGAGGAGCUCCAGAGAAAGUUGAGCGUUGUCAGCGUGGUGGAAGACGUUCAGGAGGACUGCGAGCAGUGGGCCACAAAGGUUCCGCUUGGGAAGAAAACGGCAGAAACAAAGCUGGAACACAACAAGGAGGAAAGCCGCCAGGCGACUGCGGAGACGAAAGUCAACGGGCAUCAUUUCGCAACGGAGGCCGACGAGGGUCUCAUUGGAGGAUCCCCAAGCGGGAAUCCCGCAGGCCACCAGACUCUGACUUCGUCCCCGUGCGCUUCCCCGCUCUUAACGAAACGUCAGAUCGCUCCCGCGGUUUGCAAGUCGUCCUACCAAGCCGGAAUCAACCAACGCUUUCAGGCUGCCCGCCACAGGUUCCAGGCGACGCCCCCCGACCUCGAAACCGCCCAGGCGUUGUCCCCCUGCACCUCCCCGCCUCCCCCGGCCGAGUCCAGCAAGCAGAUGGCCCGCAGCACCGUCACCCAAGUCCUGUCCCGCUUCACCACCACGCAGCAGGCGCCCAACCCCUCCCCCUUCGGGACGGACUACCGCUGCUUGACGGCGCCCUUGUCCCCCGUCGCAGCCCGGGCGGCGGCGGCGGCGGCGGGCCCCCCUCAGGGGGUCCGCUCGCCCACGAUCCCCAGGGCGGACAGGGGGAACCCUCCGCCCAUCCCGCCCAAGAAACCGAGCCUGGGUCAAGCUCCGCCCUCUCCGGCCGCCGUCCCGAGGUCGGGCGGGCAUCUGAACGACGGCCCGCGCUCGGGAAGCUGCGGCCUCACGUCCGGCCAAGACGCCGUCAAAGAACUGGAUGUGGUCCUUUCGUCAAAUUGACAUCAUACACUGUGAUAUGAUAUUUAUUAGGAAUGUCUAGAAACAUUAAUCAGCUCACAUAGGAUACAGGAACACAUGCGGCGGAGACUCUCUCGUCAUUUCUGCCACUAAUAACGAAAAACGUAGCUCCGCCCCGACGUACACAGCUUGUCUCUUAAGGAGCGAUGUACCACUUCGGCAUGACACCGCGUACCGUACUACUUUGCUGCAAAAUAGCGUUUUGGAGCCAUUUUGUCGCAUCUUUGUGCUUUUCACAAAAUGGCCAAAAACCGCAAAUAGGAUUAUUACUUUAUUAGUUGAAUAACUUGGAAUAGGUUACACACGCAGAAAAAAAAAAAAAAAUAGGUGAAAAUAAAUGUUGAACCGCAAAUAUGUUGGGGAUGACUGUACUGUAUAUUCCAUUAGUAUCCGUCACAGUAUAUUUGUACUCGUUUUCAUAAUAUGCAAUCUUUAAUCAUCAUUGCUUUUAUUAAUAUAAAUCUGUACAGUUGAUUUGUUUUUUUGUAAAUGUUCCUUACUAUAUUAUAAAAGAUAUAGUUUUAUAAUAUGCUGUCGAUGUUGCAUUUAGAAGAUCAUACUUGUAUUAUACACGGUCACAAGCACGGUACAAUUAUAUAUGUAUAUUUUUUAAUAGAUUAUUACAUCAAAGUUGCUAUUAUUGUUCACCAAUUGUAUCGCAUU